AUGAAGGGGGUGCACUGCCGACUUUUAGUCCCUUUCUUUCCAUGCAACACCCAUAGGGCUAACAUUAAAAUGCCAAAGUCAAAGGGGGGCAUCAGGCAUGGUGCCUUGCCCUGGUGCCCCCCCCCCCCCCAUUCUGCCACCUAUGAUAGGUAACAAUGGCAAUUUCCUUGAAAAGGCAUUUCAGUUUCCAGUUGUGUUGGAUGCAUGAUCUGUAACACCUAUAACUUAGUUAUUAAAACUAGCAACAGGCAUAGUAUUAUGUCCACAUGGAAGCUUCAGUAAUGUUUUUUUUUUAAAAUAAAAUUGAGAGCAUCAUUUUCUAGAUGAAAGAACUAUAUCACAAAUUAUCUGACUGAAGCAUUUAUCCCAGUUCUGUUCUAUAUUCAGAACUGAUCAAAUUUCAAUUUUGGCUGUUUAUUUUCAAUUGUUUGAUUUAAUGUUGACCAUAAAAUCACAAUUAUCAAAAAUACAAAGGAAAUGUCUAUUGGUGAAAAAUGAUAUUUUACCUUUAACUCUGCAAUCAUUUACUGAACACUGAUCUGAUUGUGUCCAUUGCAAUGCUUCCUAUCAGGUAACCAGCAGCUUGUGGAUGAUGAUUUAAUAUAGCUCACACUAUCACUUCAAUGGAUGGAGGUCUCUGAGCCGACCAACCACGCGGCGGCGGCCGCUGAGCGAGCCGAGCACCACGUCCACUUCAGCGAGACGGGCGAGGACGGCGACCAGCUGGAGCCCGUCCACAAGGUGGACGUGUGUGUGGAGGAGGACAAGAUCGCCAUCCACGCCGGCUUCCUGAAGGCGCUGCACCAGUACCGGGUGACGUGCCGCGUGCCGGUGCGCUGUCACGGCUGGACACCGACCGACAUACCCAGUCUGCACUGGCGCGUGCAGACCACUCACGAGCUGCCCGACGGCGGCACCGAGCUGACGCUGCACGUGGUCGCCAGGAAGGAGAAACUGCUCAAGGAGAAGCUGGUGCUGACGGCGCCCGAUGGCUCCGACUCGGUCACACUGGAGCUUAACGCCCGAGUUCUCGGCAAAAAUACGGGCACGCCGUUUUUACGAGACGGUGUCCAUCUAGAAGGCGUAAUAAAGGAUGACGACGCGUCCGAGUCGUCCGACUGGCGCGGGUUUGACUGAGCGGCGCCGGCAGUGAGCAGUGCCGCUGCUCGUCGCUCGCUCUCAGGGCCGCUGCUGCGGUGCACGCCACCGCUGGGGCCGCUGCUGCGGUGCACGCCCGCCGUGCAGGGGCGAACCGGUCGGCGCGCCGCCGGCGCCAGGCGGACGGACAGAACGGUGCGCCGGUGCCGCGCGGCGCGCGGGACUGCUGACAGAGCUUGGACCUGGAUCGACGGCCGGGCCGUGUGCGGACGCGAGUGUGACUGACCGAUGUUGUACAGUGUGACCAGCGUGCCGUCUGCCGUGUGCGUGCUCGCCGUGCAUUGAGUCGCUAGUUGUUAAGCCAUUCCAGUACAAAUGCACGCACUGUUCUGCCGCGCUCAUAUUAUCUGUUGACCGUGUGCGGGCGGAGCGUGUAGCGGUGGGUGAGCUGGGACCAGUGUUCCCCUUCUCCGGGUCGCCGCCACUCGGCUGACGUAGGGCCGUGCCGUGGCCGCGCCUCCUGGCACGCCCUCGGCCUGCCGUGCCGGACAGUGGGCCGGUCUGACAGCCGGCUGGGCCGGGGCCUCGUGUCGGGCCGCGCCAGAGCGUCCCAUCCCCGCCGUGAAGUGACGUCGCUCUUCCCGGCCGCACGCCAGCGACUGCCUAAUAAACUGAGUUGGAGACGGU